AUGGCGCACGCAGCGCGAGGAGCGGCGGCGCUGGCAGCCUCCGACGGACCCGCAGCCUUGUCGGCAUACACUCAGGCACUGAUCGAGCACCCCAAUUCCCCAGACUACUACGUCCAACGCUCAACAGCAUUCACUCGCAUCAAGCCUCCGCGAUAUGAUCUCGCGCUGAAAGACGCAGAGUACGCAGUGGCCCUGGGCUACAAACGUGCAGUGAGAGAGAAGAUCCAAGCCGGACAACAACGCCGAGUGGUGGCUCUGUAUGGUCUCGGACGCUAUGCGGAUGCGAAGUACCUACUGACGACGAUGGUGCGAUGGAGGCCUCACGACAGCAAAACUGCCAAAAUGGAGGGCGACAUGUGGAUGGCCCGGGUAGAGUCGAAGUUGAAGCAGGUUCCAGACUCGGAGAAGGUGGUCACGAUCAAAGAACGUCCCGAGAUCGAGGUGCUGCCAGAGGACAAGCUGAGACAACUGUUCAAAGCACAGUUGAACAUGGAUGGCUCAUACAAGCUGGAUGAUUCCACAUCUCUCAAGUCGACCACUACACCCACUACCAACACGAACGGUACGACGACGACAAUGACGGCCAGCGACAAUUCCGCCGCAACCACUGCAAUGCCCUCUGCCUCUGCCGCUGGCUCUGCCGCUGCUGAUGUCCCCAAGAUCCGACACGAAUGGUACCAGAACGCCCAGUCCGUCACUCUGACGCUGUACGCGAAAGGAGUGCCCAAAGACACGGCCGAGAUCGAGAUCAAGGAAGAUUCAGUCUACAUCUCGUUCCCCCAUCCCGCCAAUCCCUCCGCGACCUUCACAUUCUCACUAGAUCCUCUCUUUGCCCUGAUCGAUCCAAGCCAGAGCAAGUUCUCCAUCAUGUCGACCAAGAUAGAGUUGACGCUCAAGAAGUUGCAGCCGGGUCAGAAAUGGCACAAUCUCGAGGGCACUACUCCGCUCCAACCCUCGACGCAGAAUGAGAACGUAACCCAGAACGACGUCUCCGUCUCCUCCGCCAAAGCCCCUCCUCUUGUGUCUACCCUUCCAACUACCCAGUCUACAAGUGCCGCCACAGUUCCUGCCUAUCCGACAUCUUCUCGUCAUGGUCCGAAAGACUGGGACAAACUCGCCAACGAGCUACACUCGCAAUCCAAGUCCAAGAAGACCAAGAAAUCACAGUCCAAGUCCGACAAGGCGGAUUCUGUCUCGAAACCUGCGGCUGAAGCCGAUAUCAAUGCCAACGAUUCACCUCCCGGUUCUGGCGAUGAAGCAGGCGACGACGUCGACUCGGACUACGAGACUGGCGACGCGGUUGACGGAUUCUUCAAGAAACUAUAUGCCGGUGCAGACCCUGAUACUCGCCGUGCCAUGAUGAAGUCGUUCUACGAGAGUAAAGGAACGGCUUUGAGCACGAACUGGUCCGAGGUUGGAAAGGCACCGGUCAAGGAGGUCAAUAGUAAGAAUGAUGAGUGA